GCACAAGCGCCGGGAGCCCAAUCGUGGGGAGCAGGGCUAGGUCCUGGGUCCACAUGGCUCAGUAAAGAAUGAAGCCCAACAUGGCAGGCUCCUCCCCAGAGGCCUGCAAAGCUACAAGCCAAAGGGAGAAGAGCUGCCCUGUCUGCCAGGCCUGGGGAGGGGUCUCAGGCUCAGGGCCUGAGUCGGAGCCUGGGCGGGGGCCUGGUACAUUUUCAGGGCCUGGACCUGGACCUGCUGCUGCUUCAGGACCUGGUGCUGCUUCGGGACCCGGGCCGGGACCUGGUGCUGCUUCGGGACCUGGUGCUGCUUCGGGACCCGGGCCGGGACCUGGUGCUGCUUCGGGACCUGGUGCUGCUUCGGGACCCGGGCCGGGACCUGGUGCUGCUUCGGGACCUGGUGCUGCUUCGGGACCCGGGCCGGGACCUGGUGCUGCUUCGGGACCUGGUGCUGCUUCGGGACCCGGGCCGGGACCUGGUGCUGCUUCGGGACCUGGUGCUGCUUCGGGACCCGGGCCGGGACCUGGUGCUGCUUCGGGACCCGGGCCGGGACCUGGUGCUGCCUCAGGACCUGGGCCAGGAUCUGGUCUGGGCCCUGGGCCAGGAGCUGGGUCAGCACCUGGGCUAGGAGCUGCAUCAUUACCUGGACCAAGGGGAGGGUCUGGGCUCAGAUAUGGGUCUGGGACUGGUCCCAAACCCAGUGAGCCAAUGACAGCCUCACCACCAGCACCACAGGAGAAGACUCAAGCCACACCUGUGCAGACCCCUAGGCAGAAAGUUCUGGUAACUGGAGGCGGAGGCUACCUGGGUUUUAGCCUGGGUUCCAGCCUGGCCAAGAGUGGCACUUCUGUCAUCCUGCUUGACCUCCGCAGACCUCAGUGGGAGCUGUCCCCAGGGACUGAGUUCAUCCAGGCUGACGUCCGAGAUGAGGAAGCCCUGCUUCAUGCCUUCGAAGGAGUGGACUGUGUCUUCCACGUGGCCUCCCAUGGAAUGUCUGGUGCUGAGAAGCUUCAAAAAGAGCAGAUUGAGUCUAUAAAUGUCGGUGGCACCAAACUGGUGAUCGAUGUUUGUGUCCGCCGGCGGGUUCCAAGGCUUGUCUACACCAGCACCGUCAAUGUAGCUUUCGGCGGGAAGCCCAUAGAACAGGGCGAUGAGGACUCCGUGCCGUAUUUCCCUCUGGAGAAGCACAUGGACCACUACUCCCGAACCAAAGCCAUCGCUGACCAGUUGACCCUCAUGGCCAAUGGAACGCCUCUCCCAGGAGGAGGCACUCUGCGCACAUGUGUGCUCCGACCCCCAGGGAUCUAUGGCCCUGAAGAGCAGAGGCACCUUCCCCGUGUGGCGAGCCACAUCAAGAAGAGACUGUUCAUGUUCCGAUUUGGGGACCGCAGGACGAGGAUGAACUGGGUGCACGUGCACAAUCUGGUGCAGGCACACUUGCUGGCGGCUGAGGCCCUCACCGCAGCCAAGGGCUACAUAGCUAGCGGGCAGGCGUACUACAUCAACGACGGGGAGAGCGUCAACCUCUUUGAGUGGAUGGCCCCGCUGUUUGAGAAGCUGGGGUACAGCCAGCCAUGGAUCCAGGUGCCUACUUCCUGGGUUUACCUGACAGCCACAGUGAUGGAGUACCUGCACCUGGCCAUGAGGCCCAUCUGUAGCAUCCCACCACUGCUCACCCGGAGUGAGGUGCACAGCGUGGCCGUGACGCACACCUUCCAGAUCGCAAAGGCCCGCGCGCAGCUCGGCUACGCGCCGGACAAGUUCAACUUCGCGGACGCUGUGGAGCGAUACGUACAGUCUACGACCCGGAGGGCCCGCGGCUCCACGGCGCGGACGCUCCUGCGGCUGCUGCUCGGGCUGCUGCUGCUCCUUGGCCUGCUCGCCCUGGUCCUGUGGUUCCUUGGCGGGCGGUCGUCCGGGGUCUGA